AUGAACUCCUCGCCUCCUCGUUCUUCACAAACACCAUCUCCUUCUCCUUCAGCUACUCUUUCAAAUUCAGUUAACUCCUCACCUCGUCCUUAUGUAUCACAAACUCCAUCUCCUUCUCCCUCACCCUCGAAACCAAUUGUUCCCUCAUCUCCUUCACCUUCAAAUGCCAAAAAUAACUCCCUACAUAAGAGUCCAUCACAAGGUCCAUCUCCUUCACCAUCGCCUUCAACAGAAACUCCAUCGUCUCUUUCUCCUUCACCCUCAAAGCCAAUUAUAGCUCCUCGUCCUUCCAUAUCAUCAUCUUUUCCUCCUACCCCUUCACCAUCAGCUGCCAUGAACUCCUCCCCUCCUCGUUCUUCACAAACACCAUCUCCUUCUCCUUCAGCUACUCUUUCAAAUUCAGUUAACUCCUCACCUCGUCCUUAUGUAUCACAAACUCCAUCUCCUUCUCCCUCACCCUCGAAACCAAUUGUUCCCUCGUCUCCUUCAUCUUCAAAUGCCAAAAAUAACUCCCUACAUCAGAGUCCAUCACAAGGUCCAUCUCCUUCACCAUCGCCUUCAACAAAAACUCCAUCAUCUCUUUCUUCUUCCCCUUCACCAUCUUUUGCCAUAAAUUCCUUGCGUCCGCAUUCUUCACAAACACCAUCUCCUACUUUUUCACCUUCAUCAAAACCAACUAUCUUUGCACCUCUUCCUUCUCAAUUAUCACCUUUAUCUCCUUCUCCUUCCUCAUUACUUUCUCCUAGCAAUCAUUCUCCACCAAUUAAAUCAAGCCCAUCACCAUCACCAUCUCUUUCAUUGGAAAGUCCAUCAUCUCCACCUGUCCCUAAAAGUUCACCGCCUCCCCCAUCAACAUCCACACCUCCACCACCUAGCCCAAGAAUUCCAUCACCACCUCCACCAUCAACACCUAAACCCCCUCCACUAAAUGCUCCCCCUCCACCAUCCCGACAUUCAAGAUGCAUCAAAUUUUUUAUCUUUAGAAUUUGCUUCUGA